AGCAGGAAGGAAGGAAGGAAAGAAAGGCAGGGAGGGAGGGAAAGAAAGAAAAAAAGGAGAAUGAAACCAAAAGUAGAGAUAAGCUGAUGCCUUAGUCUUGAGAAAAGAUGUGUGGAUUUAGGAUCAUGCCUCUUUCUAUGACAGGGGCCGUGCAGUGUACAGUUUAAGAUAAUGCAUAAUUGAUAGUACCCACUGCUCCAUGCACUGGGACAGAGAAAUUGGCUUGAGCCACUUGUCAUAUACAAAACCCUUAAUUCUCUUUUCUCUCUUCUUGGCAUUCAGCUGUUUUUCUGGAUGAAUUCAUCACCAUUAGUUUAAAAAAAACAACAACUCUUUUUUCCUAAGGGAAGAGUAGUACAUUGUCGCCACACAAUGUCCUCUGUUUUUCCCUGCCUUUCUUCUCUACUUGUGGUACCAGUCAUUUCCCAUCAGCAGGCAGCACUGGCCUGAAUGCCUUUGUUGCUCGUAAGUGAGAAGUCACCUCCUUACUUAGAGGGAAGGUAAAUGUUGCAGUGGAACAUAGUGCAGCCAUUCCUAGCUCAGGAGUCUACAGCUUUAUGAUGGUGUGAAAGGGAUAUGCGUUCAGUAGAAAACACACUUUGAGUACCCCUACAACAAUUGUGUUUUUCAUUUUGGGUACAGUAUUCAAUAAAUUACAUGAGAUAUUCAACACUGUAUUAUAAAAUAAGCUGUGUGUUAAAUGGUUUUGCCAAUUAUAGCUUCUUGUCAAUGUUCUUAGCACAUUUAAGGUAGGCUAGGCUAAGCUAUAAUAUUCAAUAGGUUAAGUGUAUUAAGUGCUUUUUCAACUUAGGAUAUUUUUAACUUACAAUCGGCUUAUCAGCACAUAACCCCAUUGUAAGUCGAGCAGCAUCUGUAUAGGAAUUAAGAGUCUGUCACUUAUCAUCUUCAGCAGUUCUUCUGCAUCUCAGUUUCUUCAUCCGUAAAACUGGUGUCAUAAGAGGGUUGUUGUGAGAUUAGACCGGUUCAUAUGUGUAAAAGCCCUUAGAAUAAUAUCUGACACAUAAUAGAUGAUCAAUAAGUUUCAGCUGCCAUCCACAACAAGGAAUUAUCCAGUCUAAAAUGUCAGUAGCAGUACCUUAAGAGAGGAAAAAAGGUAUUACCAAGAUGGAGAAGCCUUGCCCACAAUGUGUUGCCCGUGUCUAUAUAGGCUACUUUUGAAAAUGGAGUAGGUGGGGAGUGGUGAUCAUACAUUCUGAUGCUGGGUCUCUGGGGCUGUAGGAGUGAUGCUGAGUUGGAACUGGCACUCCACUGGCUCCUCCUAAGGAGUCUGUAGUUCCAAGGGUAUUAACAAGGUUAGUUGCCAAGUCCAGUGCACAUGCUUGACUCUCACACAUCUUAGAAACCAUGAGUGGCCAAUCUCUAUUGGGUCAGAUCCAAAUUCUCGAAGGGGCUAGUUCAGAGGGGCUUGGAAGGUUUUAUUUUCAUCCAAAAAUUUUUCACAGUGGGCCCACUGCUCACCCAAACUCAUUAAGGUAAUUGGUUUUAAUCAAAGUUUUCUGGUCCCCAAGUCACAUGUUUUUCAAUGCUGUGAGGGCUAGGCAAGGGUUUAACGUGAUCCUUUCUCCUCGGUUCCCACUCUAUAACCCUAAACAAAAAGCCCUUUUAAAGAUAAUUCUAAGUCAAAAGUGUGGCAGACAUGUUGAGUUCACAGUUUACAAUGCAAUAUAUCACUGACUAAAAAAAGAUAAACUCUGAGGACCAAUGUUUAAUGCAUAUAGAAAUAACUUCUAUUACUUUAGCAUUUGAAUUCACUGUUUCUUCCUCUCCCCUGUGAAAUCCUUCGUAAUUAUUCAAAACUUGCUAAAGCAAGUCAAGUUUUUGGACCUUCUGAACAGGGCAACUAAAUGUCAUUCCAUACACUUUCUCAGUGACUCCGUGUCAGUUCUCAGCAGUGAAGGGAGAACAGAGGUCACUCUGCCUGACUGAUUUUAAACGAUCACCUUUUUCAGAUGCUUUUGGUAUGGGAACAAAAUCAGCCAUAACCUUCAGAGUUUUAAAUGUCAUUGUUAAUGCAUCAGAAAACCCAAAGACAGAGAGUCUGGAGAAUUGUAUGUAACAUUUAGAUCAUUUUGGUAAACAAUUAAGUUUUUAGUGUAUGUUUAAUGUGCAUUCUGUUUGGGGCCUCUGAGUUUGAAUCCCUGAGACCGAGCUGAUGUUUAGCAACCAUUUCUUAACCAGGAAAUGCCUCCCCUGCUCCCAGCCCAUAGCCAUUUGAGCUUCACUGGCUUUUUUGAACAGAAGCCUUUCUCAGUUUGUGCUUGGUUCAGUGAACACGGUUACUGUUUAAAAACAGUGGCUGUCGAGUUGUAUGUCUCACCACCCUUUGCUCUUCUUCUGAGCUACCUCACGCUGUGUGAGAGAUAAUACUUGGCAUGAUUAAACUGCCCCUUCACUGAUAUUUGGUCUUUGCCUGGCUGAGGACGCAAAGCAAGAAGAGGAAGACAUGCAGAUAUGUUGCAGGAUAUUCAAGAAAGAAGGAUUUUAGCAUGGAAGAUACUAAACUGGACUCGCCCGACAGCUAUAAAGUACAAGAUAAGAAAAAUGCUUCCAACCGCCCUGCCUCUGCAAUUUCAGGACAAAAUAACAACCACUCAGGAAAUAAACCAGACCCUCCGCCUGUGUUACGUGUUGAUGACCGGCAGCGCCUGGCCCGGGAGCGACGUGAGGAACGGGAGAAACAGCUAGCUGCAAGAGAAACUGUGUGGUUAGAAAGGGAAGAGCGAGCCAGGCAGCACUACGAGAAGCACCUGGAAGAGCGGAAGAAGAGGUUGGAGGAGCAGAGGCAGAAGGAGGAGCGGAGGAGGGCUGCUGUGGAGGAGAAGCGGAGGCAGAGACUUGAGGAGGACAAAGAACGCCAUGAAGCUGUUGUACGGCGUACAAUGGAAAGGAGCCAGAGGCCAAAACAGAAGCAUAACCGGUGGUCGUGGGGAGGCUCUCUCCAUGGGAGCCCUAGCAUCCACAGUGCAGGUGGUUUUGUUGAAUCAUCAUUCUCCUCUCUCGAUUUAGCAGGCCUGGACCACCACUUCAUAACUUUUGGUGGUACUAGAAAAGCUGAUCCAGACAGGAGGUCAGUUUCCACCAUGAAUCUUUCGAAACAUGUUGAUCCCGUCAUUAGCAAGCGGCUCUCCUCCUCAUCUGCAACUUUACUUAAUUCUCCAGAUAGAGCUCGCCGCCUGCAGCUCAGCCCAUGGGAGAGCAGCGUUGUUAACAGACUCCUGACGCCCACACAUUCGUUCCUGGCCAGAAGUAAAAGCACAGCUGCCUUGUCUGGAGAAGCAGUUAUCCCCAUUUGUCCUCGUUCAGCAUCUUGCAGUCCCAUCAUCAUGCCCUACAAAGCUGCACACUCUAGAAAUUCGAUGGAUCGACCAAAACUCUUUGUAACACCACCUGAGGGCUCUUCUCGCAGGAGGACCAUUCAUGGCACAGCGGGCCAUAAAAAAGAAAGAGAGAGAGAAAAUACACCCUUCCUCCUUACAUCUGGCACCCGAAGGGCUCUAUCUCCAUCUAAUCCCAAAGCAAGACCGCCAGCUUCCUCCCGACUUUGGCUUCCGUCCAAGUCUCUUCCUCACUUGCCUGGGACACCCAGACCCACAUCCUCUUUGCCACCCGGCACAGUCAAAGCUGCUCCUGCUCAGGUCCGGCCCCCAUCCCCUGGCAACAUCCGCCCUGUCAAGAGGGAAGGCAGAGUGGAGCCUGAGAAAAAAGACCCUGAGAAAAAGGACCCUGAGAAGGAACCCCAGAAAGUUGCCAAUGAGCCCUCACUAAAGGGCAGAGCACCUUCAGUGAAGGUGGAAGCCACCACAGUUGAAGAGGGGACACCUGCCAAACCAGAAGCUGGCCCUGCUGCUCCAGCCACGGCCCCAGCUCCAGCCACGGCCCCAGCUCCAGCCUUGGCCCCAGCUCCAGCCUCGGCCCCAGCUCCAGCCUCAGUCCCCACCCCAGCCAUGGUCCCACCACCGGCAUCCACUGUGACUGUCAGUGCUUCUCCUAAGCCUUCUGCAGGAACCACCGACCCAGAAGAGGCCACAAGGCUGCUAGCUGAGAAGAGGCGGCUGGCCCGAGAGCAGAGAGAAAAGGAAGAAAGGGAGAGGAGGGAGCAGGAAGAGCUUGAAAGGCAAAAGAGAGAGGAAAUGGCUCAACGGGUGGCUGAAGAGCGGACUCGCCGUGAGGAGUCUCGCCGGCUGGAGGCCGAGCAGGCCCGGGAGAAGGAGGAGCAGCUGCGGAGGCAGGCGGAGGAGCGGGCGCAGCGCGAGCGGGAGGAGGCGGAGCGGGAGGAGGCGGAGCGCGCCCAGAGGCAGAAAGAAGAAGAAGCUCGUGUUCGUGAAGAAGCAGAGAGGGUCCGGCAGGAACGAGAGAAGCAUUUCCAGAGAGAGGAGCAGGAGCGCCUGGAGAGAAAAAAGCGACUUGAGGAGAUUAUGAAAAGAACCAGGAGAACAGAAGCUACAGAUAAGAAAACCAUUGAUCAGAGAAAUGGCGAUAUAGCCAAGGGAGCUCUUGCUGGAGGAACAGAGGUAUCUGCGCUUCCAUGUACAACGAACGCUCCGGGAAAUGGAGAGCCAGUUGCCAGCCCACAUGUGGUUACCUCACACCAAUCAAAAGUGACAGUGGAGAGCACUCCCGACUUGGAAAAACAACCAAAUGAAAAUGGAGUAUCUGUUCAGAAUGAAAAUUUUGAAGAAAUUAUAAACUUACCCAUUGGAUCUAAACCAUCCAGAUUAGAUGUCACCAAUAGUGAGAGCCCAGAAAUUCCUUUGAAUCCGAUUUUGGCCUUUGAUGAUGAAGGGACACUUGGGCCCCUGCCUCAGGUAGAUGGUGUCCAAACACAACAGACUGCAGAAGUUAUAUGAGUAUUUCUUCUGAAGAACCAAAGCUGAAAUUUAAUGAGAAUUUCUACAAUUAAUGGAAUUCCUUUCAUGCUAUAAAGGAGCAUCCCCUCCUCCAGUUUUCUAAAGAGCUCUUGACCAUCAUUUUGAAAAGAUUUAUUAAAAAUAACUAAAGACAACAGACGAUAGCUUUUCUAAUAAUUUUCAUCAAUAGAAAAAAGGAAAUACUUCUCAUUCUUCAAUACUUUCAAAUGGCUUUUUCCAGUGUGCUCCUUCUUAGCAAAUCAAUAUUUUUCUGCAUUCUUUAAAAGACAAGAGCAUUUGGCUAUAAAAGAAACGGGCUGACUAAGCAUGAUUUUUUUGGUCUUAAAAGCUUCACAUGUAAAAUUGGCAAAAAAAAAAAAUUUUAUCUUUUAUAAUAUAAUACUUGAAAAAUAAGUACCUCUUUGCUCUACAAGUAGAAUGAAUGGGGAAGAGUUUAAACCUGUUUGUUUAAAUAUUAUUGCAAAGAACUCUAUUUGUAGAGGCAAAUUAUAGGCAGAUUACCAGGUUCUUAUAAAUACAACUUGUACAUGGACAUUCUGCAAACAGCUGUCACAUUUUUCUUGCAACUCCUUUUGCAAAAGUAUACUAAAAUGUUUUAAAAUAUGGAAAAAAAAUUAUUUUUUCAGAGCAAGAAAAUAAUUUACUGUCCUCUUAAUGUAUUUAUAAAGUUUUUCCAUAUGAACUAAUCAAAUAAGUUAGAACAAUGUGACAACAUUACAAAUUUAAUUUGUUAGAUGCAUUCCUUCUAAUGUUACAUGAGAGAAUGUUACUGAUGAUUCAGGGCUCUUUCUGAAGUCUGUGUGUUGCUGCUGUCCCCAGUGAUGGUGGACUUAUCUUUGCCUUACCUGAUCACGAAUUAUGUUGGGGAAAAUAAAGAUUUAAUAUUUCUUUAAAUAAAAAAGAAUUUGGUUUUGCUCGUUUAAGAGCAAUGAAAAACAUGAUGGAAUGUUGACUGUGUUUGGCACACAGGACACGGCCCUUGAUGGAAGUCCUUGUUCUGCGUGGCACCUGUCAGCUUUCACCUUUCAUUCUUAUUCUUCACUUUUGCUGCUGAGCCUGGCUGUAUAAACUUGCACUUUCAUUUGCUAAUAUAAAUUCAAUUUUAUUUUACCAUAUUAGAGACUACUAAUUAUUAAAUGUAGAAGAAGAGGGCGUACAUGUUUUUACGUGGAGUGUUAAAAGUAAAUUUAUACCACUGUAAUGUGCAGGUUUUAUUAAAAGAGAAAUUGGUUAAACUGCUAGGUUGAAUGAGACUUUAUCUAUUGGACUUUUUUUUUUAAUCCAAGCAUAUGGUCUUUAGUAACAGCUUGUAAUUUGUUAAAACGUUCAUUUGGGGGUUUUCCCUAUUUUCAGUUGUCCAUGUACACAGUCAUUAUAUUAAAAAAGAAAUCUGUUCAACAAAGUUGUUUUAUUUGUUUAAAUCAACGUAGCAUGAAACACCAAAUAAAAUGUUGACAUAGUU